CGGCGGGUUUCGUGUGGAUAUUGUUACUUAAAUUGUGUGGUUAGUGGUUAAAAACAUUUUUAAGAAAAUGGCGAAGCCAUGACACAUCCCAAUCAUCAAACAAACGGAGCUAGUUUGGAGGAUUGCCACACAAAUUUCUUUGCUCUGACCGACCUAUGCGGCAUAAAAUGGCGUAAGUUGGUGUGGCCGGAGGCGGCGCCCGCCGCGCCCGCGCCCGAGGUGGUGCUGGACCCGGUGCUGCUGAGCUUCUCGCGCUGCCUGCACGCGGACAUCCUGUGCGUGUGGCGUCGCGUGGGCCGCCGCCCUCCGCCGCCCGAUGACUCGGCGCUGCUGGACGCGCCCCUCGGCGCGCCGCCGCCCCCGGUGGCGCCCUCCAUCGUGGUGCACCCGCCCCUCGCCCUGCACGCCGCCAAGGAGCUGUGGAUCUUCUGGUACGGCGAGGAGCCCGACCUCUCCAGCCUCGUGGUCCCCGACCUGCUGAACACCGAGAGCGAGCAGGGGUCCUGGGAGAGUGGUCUCUCGUAUGAGUGCAGAUCAUUAUUAUUUAAAGCCCUCCAUAAUUUAAUUGAAAGAUGUCUUCUUUCACGCGACCUUAUUCGCUUAGGCCGCUGGUUUGUACUUCCUUACGAAGGGACCGAAGAAGUUGAAGGAAAGAGUCCACAUCUUUCUUUCCUAUUUUCAUUCUUUGUUCAUGGGGAAAGCACAGUGUGUGCAAGUGUUGAUGUGCGACAGCAUCCCCCUGUUCGAACACUUUCAUCGCAAGUCCUCCAACAGGCCCAGUCUUCCCAGGCCGGUGUUCCAGUCAUUUUAGCUCCUUUUGGUCUGGCGGGCACUCUGAGUGGCCAGUCAUUUAAGGCUGUUGAUCAGAGAACAUCUCGUCUUUUAGAAGACUGGAAACAAUUUUACCCUAUAGAUAGCAGAAGUUCAAACUGUGAUGAUUCUUCAACGCCACAGGCUGUUGAGGUGAUAGUGGGUGGUGUGAAAAUGAGGUAUCCUUCUUGUUACGUGUUGGUGACUGACAUGGAUGAUACACCCUCCAACAACCUUGCACAGAAUCCUCCCAAGGCAGCUGGUCUGUCUUCUGAAGAGCCAAGUCCUGUUCCACCAGUUGAAUCACCUUGUUUACGGCAGCAAUCAUCUGCCACCUCAUGGGUCAAGCAAGAACCACCCUCACCUCCAAACCUUGCUGAUAUUACCUGGCAAGAAAGUAUGCUGUCACCACCCUCUGAUCCGUCAGACGUGCCACCAGGUCAUUGGGACUUUGUUGAUCCAACAAGGAAAUUGCCAUGCUCCUGUUCCAAGUGUAGACAAGUUGAGGGCAAAGGGGGCCCCGGCAGCAGGUCUCUGAUUCCAUUCCAUCAAAGGGCGCCCCCACGGCACAUUCAGCCUGCCAAGCCUGUCAGCCGGAUGCCCUGUGGCGCUGGACACACCACGCCGAUGCCCGAGAGGUCCCCGCAGUCCGCGGCGCCCUCGCCGCUGCCGAACCCCAACUCGGUGCAGCCGGCGUCCGUGCCGCCCGCGGAGCCCACCAUGCCCACGCUGUCGCCGCAGCCCUCAGCCAGCUCCGUGGCGGGGCAGUUGUCGGUACCCGCCACGCCUCCGCCCGCCCCCGGGCCCGGCACGCCCGCGCACACGCCUCUGGACUCACACGGGCCCAAGUCCGUGUCGUCCGUCUCGAACCAGGUGUACUCGCCCUACCAGGGCCCCGUGUCCGUGUCGAGCGUGGACAACUCGGGCAUGACGGGUGGGCCGCCGAGUGCGCCGCCGGGCCCCCCGGGCCCCGCCCCGGCCCAACCGCCCUCAGGGCCUCCCGAACACCAGCCCCUGACACUCAAGCGGCCCGUGCUCACGGCCAAGGAGUACGAGCACCUCAUGCAUGAGGACGAGGCGCUCUCGGACAACCUUUAUGACUACUCGCAGCUUGAUGUGUGGUUAAAUUAUCCAGUCAAAAAGUUCAAGCCUUCAGACAUUGAGCAGAAACCAUGGCCAAAGGCAUCUAAUUCAAAUGAUAUCUACCCUGCGGUUCAACCUCCUGCUGCAUCUCCUCCUGUGAAUGGCCUUCCAGCCACUCCAGGAACACCAGCCUAUGCUCAAGCUGAAGUGAAACAGGAACAAAUGUGUGACAGUGACCCAUACGAGUUUGACGAGGAACACAAUGCAUCUGGAGCCAAGGAAGGCUUCAAACGCCAGAAUAAUGGCGUGAAGGAGGAUGAUCGAGCGGACAAUUCGGGGAAAUGUUUAUCCGGUAGCCUUUUCACCAGUGAAGGCCUCCAAGCCUCAUUCCGCGACCUCGACCAGAUAUUUGACAACUCCGAUACGUCAAGUGAUGAAACGAUGCAGGUACCUACUCCUCCUGGCUCGAAAGGGAAUGAAGAUAAUUCCUGCAACAUGCGCGGUCCACGUAUUCUACGCCCAGAAGAACUCUCCAAAAUGUUUCCUACCCCACCAUCAUUGGAACACAACCCUGCAUCCUCUCCUUGUGGAGGUCAAACUGAUAUUGACCGGUGUGAUUUCACAGAGCUUCCUGUAGCUCGGUUUAAGCAAGAAAUUUACCCAAAUAUGGGCAGUCCUCAGGAAGAAGUAAUUGAUGAUUGGUCUUAUGUUUUCCGCCCUCCAACACUCUAUAAAUUUGUAGGCUCUUCAAAAUAUGCUCCUCUGAGGGAUCUUCCCAGUCAACACUUGCCCCCUGUGUCAUUGCCAGGAAAUUGUUCAUACAAGCCAUCAUGGCUUUAUCCACCUGUUCAGGAAAAAGCAGCAUCAAGGUAAUUAUUCUUAACAAUUACAUACU